CAAGUUGAAAUAAGUACUUCUAAACAGACAGUAGUCACCUUUGGCAAGAGCCUCUUUCUAUUUUUCUUGUUGCUUUUGAUUCGAAGAAUAGAUUGUGUUUGCUUGACCAUUUGGGAAGUUGGUUAGUCCGGUUCAAAACACAUAUUUCUUGCAGAAAAAAGUCCUCAUUAAGUCUUCAAAUCUUCCUUGUCAAGGCAAAAAGAAUGGAGAAAAGCUAUAUUCUUGUCCUUAUACUAUUAGUAUUUCAAGAUUCUAUGUUUUCCUUAUAUGCAGCUUCACCAAAUGGAACGAACAGACAUUGAAGCUUUGCUAUCUUUUAAACAUCUCAUUACAAAUAAUAAUUCUUUCUUGUCCAAGAAUUGGACUACAAAUACUUCAUUUUGCUCUUGGUUUGGUAUCACUUGUACUCCACAAAGCCAAAGGGUCAUGUCUUUAAAUCUUCCUAACAUGAACCUUGAAGGAAAAAUUUCACCAUCAUUAGCUAACUUGUCCUUUCUUUCUAUGCUUAAUCUUAGUAACAACAUUUUAAGUGGUAAUAUUCCAACUGAGAUUGGAAAUUUGAGCCAACUUGUACAGUUGGAUUUGUCUCAUAACCAGCUUUCAGGUUCAAUUCCUCCAUCAAUCUUCAUAAACAAUAGUCUUUCUGGUUCUUUCUUGGUUAAUGAAGUAAAGGGUCCGUUGAAUCUUGAAGUUAUAGACCUUAGUUAUAAUCGAAUCAUCGGCGAGAUUCCUUCAAGACUAUGCCAAUUCAGUAAGCUAAGAACUCUUGUUCUGUCUUACAACAACUUAACAGGUCAAAUUCCAAGGAAUAUUGGUUGUCUAAAUAGGCUUGAGAGUUUUUAUGUGACUCAGAAUGCAAUAGGUGGCACAAUUCCACUUUCAUUGACUAAUAUUUCCACUUUGCAAUUCCUUGGCUGUGUGAAUAACCACAUAGGUGGUGCAAUUCCUCAAGAAUUAGGAAAUUUACCGAAGUUGAAGAUGUUGGGAUUUGAUUUCAAUAAUCUAACUGGUGAAAUACCAGAAUCCAUUUUCAACAUAUCUUCUUUGGAGUACAUUGCUUUCACUGAUAACGAUUUAUCGGGGCGAAUUCCAACCUCUGUUGGCCUUCAGCUUCCAAACCUUAAAGGAAUUUUCUUGGCAGAUAAUCAGCUUGAAGGAGAAAUCCCAAUGUACAUCACAAAUGCUACCAAGCUAAUUGAGCUGGAACUGGCGUAUAACUUUUUCACAGGCACAGUGCCAAGUAACUUGGGAAAUCUACGCCAGCUCGAGUUCUUGAAUCUUGGUGGCAAUCAGCUUACAAAUGAACCAGGACAAAAAGAGCUUGGAUUCUUGAAUUCUUUGGUGGAUUGUAGGAUGCUUCAAUUUCUGAUAAUGGCUAACAACCCCUUGAAUGGUGCCUUGCCUGAUUCAGUUAGCAAUCUUUCGUCUACUAUAGAAAUGCUCAACAUUGAGAAUGGUCAGAUCAAUGGACAAAUUCCAAGAGGAGUUGGCAACAUGAGCAGCAUGUUGUCACUAGUCUUGAGCGACAACCAGUUGACAGGAACCAUUCCGCCAGAGAUUGGCGAGCUAAAGCAACUUCAAAGGCUAUAUCUAAGCAAAAACAAGCUACAAGGGCCAAUUCCAGGUGAAACAUGUGACUUGGUAUAUUUGGGAGACGUAAUUCUACAUGAAAACGAGCUCUCUGGGAAUAUUCCGAGUUGCAUUGGAAAUCUCACUAGGCUACAAAGUCUUUCAUUUGGCUUCAAUAACUUCACCUCAAGUCUACCUAUAAGUCUAUGGGAAAUGGAUAGCCUGAUUUUACUGAAUGGGACACAAAAUUCAAUACAAGGGGAACUUCCUCUUGACAUUGGAAAUUUGAAGGCUAUUGAAGGUAUAGAUCUUUCAAGCAACCAACUUUCCGGUAUAAUUCCAAGUACAUUUGGGAAUCUCCAACGUCUGAGUUAUCUUUCAUUGUCAAACAACUCGUUUCGGAGUGCAAUUCCAUCAUCAUUUGGCAGUUUGUUAAGCUUGGAGUUCUUGGAUUUGUCUUCAAAUGAGUUAUCAGGAAACAUCCCAAGGUCCUUAGAAAAAAUUCAGUACCUUAAAGAAAUUAAUCUCUCUUACAACCAUUUAGAAGGUGAAAUACCUACUAGUGGCGUAUUUUCAAAAUCUUCACCUCAAUCUUUUGUUGGAAACAGAGGUUUAUGCGAGAAACCUAUAUCAGAAGUUUCUCAAUGUGCUACAAAUAAUGCACCAAAACCAUCAAAGUCUAGGAAACAUGUGCUAGUAGUUGUCAUUCCUAUAAUUGCGUCAUUUUUCCUCAUACUUGUUGUUCUGUUCGUCUGGAUCAAGCGAAGAACAAGAAGAAUGAUGAAACUUCAAGACCAUGAAGAGUUAACAGAAAUCACAACACACCCGUUGAUUUCAUACCGUGAGCUUCAACAAGCAACAAAUAGUUUCAGUAGCUCUAACAUGAUUGGCUUAGGAGGUUCUGGUUCUGUUUACAAGGGAAUAUUGGCUAAUGGAACUAUGGUCGCGAUAAAGGUACUAAAUCUUCAAAAUGAGGAGGGAUGCAAGAGGUUUGAUGCCGAAUGUGAAGUGCUGAGAAGCAUUAAGCAUAGGAAUCUUGUGAAGGUGAUCACAACAUGUUCCAAUCAAUACGUAAGAGCCAUCGUUCUCGAGUAUAUGCCAAAUGGAAGCCUUGAAAAUUUGUUGUAUGGGAAGGAACAUCAAGUCUUGGACAUGUUUCAAAGAGUUAGCAUAAUGCUUGAUGUGGCUGUGGCAUUAGAAUAUCUUCACUAUGGUUAUGAUACACCUAUAGUCCAUUGUGACUUGAAGCCUGAAAAUGUUCUUUUAGAUGGUGACAUGGUCGCACAAGUUAGUGAUUUUGGGAUCUCAAAAAUCUUAGCUCAAAACAAGUCCACGGCACAAACUAAAACAUUGGGGACUGUUGGCUACAUUGCACCAGAGUAUGGCUCGGAGGGAAUAGUGUCCACUGGAGGCGAUGUUUACAGUUAUGGCAUAAUGUUAAUAGAGAUAGUGACUAGAAGAAGACCAACAGAAGAGAUUUUCAAUGAAAAUAUGAAUAUGAGACAAUGGAUAAGUAAAUCAUUUCCCAGUGCUUUGAAGACAAUUGUUGAUGGAAAUAUUGACUUUGGUGAAGAAGAGAUCACUUCUACAAAUAAGAUUUGCAUAAUUUCUUUGAUGGGGUUGGCUUUGGACUGUACAAAAGAAAGACAAGAAGAGAGGGUAAAUAUGAAAGAUGUAGUGAAUAGACUUGGCAAACUUAAAGAGAGUUUCUUCUUGGAAACAAAGAAGAAUAAAACAUAGAGCGAAAUUUGUUAAACUUUGUUUAUUUUCAGUUUAUGUUUUGGUUAAUUUUAGCCAUUUGUCGGCUAGUAACCUGUUGCCUGAACCUUCUUCAUACCACCUUUUGGUUCUUUUUGCAAACUUAAUGUUGAUUAAUUUGGGAUCGAAAAUAUAAUAUUUCGGCCUAUUGUUUUUUUUUUUUUGGGGGUUCUCCGUUCUGUCUAUCUUGUUGUAAAGUCAUUCAUAGUUUAAUAGGAAUUUAAAUUUAGAGUUUAAGUUUUGUAAUGUUUGAUUAAUAAAAAUGGCAUCUUUUUUCA